AUGACAUAUCGCGGCUCGGUGUCUCAAGAUGAGAUGAGAAGGUUGGCACGGGAAACCCAAAGUACAUCGAUAUCUUGCACAAAGGAAGAUAAGACAGCAGGCUCUGCUGAACAAUCCUUGAAGGAGAACCGCAAGCACACACAUGAUGUAGAUGCGUGUGUGAGGCAUUCACUCCACAGGCGCAUUUUCAAAAUGCCAUAUCAUAGAAAGAGAGUAGCAGAAGAACAGAGGAAAAACUUGAACACACAACUUAGACAAAAGUUUGUUUCGCCAUCGGAUAGUUUACUUUCGCCCUGCUCUAGAAAACUAAACGAUCACAAAUCAAAACUUUUUGCCGCCAAAUCACAACCCAAGCGACUGGAUUUUGCUCACAGUAAGCAAAAUAUACUAAACAGUCCGAAUACGGACACCGAGAUUGAUAACGAUGAAGACGGCCAUAGUGAGGCGGUCUACUAG